CCAAGGAGGGUGGGAGCGCGUGCUGCUGGGAGUUGUUUGGAGGUUGCUGGUGCGGAGCUGGCUGUCUUCAGGCAGAGUGAUCAUGUCGCACAAACAAAUUUACUAUUCGGACAAAUACGACGAUGAGGAGUUCGAGUACCGGCAUGUCAUGUUGCCCAAGGACAUAGCUAAGCUGGUCCCUAAAACCCAUUUGAUGUCUGAAUCUGAAUGGAGGAAUCUGGGCGUUCAGCAGAGUCAGGGAUGGGUUCAUUAUAUGAUCCACGAACCAGAACCUCACAUCUUGCUGUUCCGGCGGCCACUGCCAAAGAAGCCAAAGAAGUGAAGCUGGCGAGCCACUUUUCAGCCUCAAGCUUUACACAGCUGUCCUCACUUGCUAACAUCUUUCUGAUAACAUUAUUAUGUUGCCUUCUUGUUUCUCACUUGGAUAUUUAAAGGAUGUUCAAUACACUGUUUGAAUGUGCUAGUGACUGCUUUGCUUCUGGAGCAGAGCCAACAGCACCACGGCCCAGCCUGGUUAGUGCUCUUUGGGCUGCAGCCUUGGCUGAGUGUGACCCCAGAAGCCACGUGAGCUCUGUAUCCCGCAGAACACACUUGGUAGAUGGAGCAAGCAUUUGAGAAUAAGACCAUGGCUGUUACCAGGAUUGUGUAAACUUGCUGUUUUGUUUUUUUUUCCUGCCAGGUGUUGUGUGUAUGGUGAUUUAUGUUUCAAUGUAUUGGAAACUUUCCAUUUUAUUCAAGAAGUCAGUUCCAUGUUAAAGCCUUGAUUAAAGAGGAAGUUUUUAUAA